UUCAUAACCUCGGAGCAUAAGACAGAGACAAGUAAGAAAUGGCCUCUCUGAUCUCCCUCACACUUUCAACUCUUCUGUUUUCUACAUUAGUUUUGCAUGUUACUUCAAAUCAUAUUCAAGAUAGCUUUUAUCACUGUCUUGCUCUCAACUCCAAGGCAUCCCCUAUUCCAUUUUCCUCAGCUUUUUUCACCCCUAACAUCUCCUCAUUCAGCACCCUUCUCCAAUCUUCUGCACAGAAUCUCAGGUGCUUGGCCCCGAGUGUGCCGAAACCUCAGCUCAUUUUCACUCCAUUGCAUGAAUCCCAUAUUCAAGCUGCAGUUGUCUGCGCCAAAGAUCUUGGGAUUCAGAUAAGGAUUAGGAGUGGUGGCCAUGAUUAUGAAGGGCUGUCUUAUGUGUCUGAGAUGGAACCACCUUUUGUUGUUGUGGAUUUGUCGAGGCUUCGAUCAGUCAGUGUUGAUAUUGAGGAUAACACUGCAUGGGUGCAAGCUGGUGCAACCAUUGGUGAGGUUUAUUAUAGGAUUGCUGAGAAGAGCAAAGUCCAUGCCUUCCCGGCUGGACUCUGCACAAGUUUAGGCGUUGGAGGGCACAUCACAGGCGGCGCCUAUGGGCCUAUGAUGAGGAAAUAUGGCCUUGGUGCUGACAAUGUUGUUGAUGCUAAAGUUAUUGAUGCAAAUGGGAAGAUUCUUGACAGAAAAGCAAUGGGAGAAGAUUACUUUUGGGCUCUGAGAGGAGGUGGUGGAGGGAGUUUUGGGAUCAUUGUGUCUUGGAAAAUAAAGUUGGUGCCUAUUCCAGAGAAUGUUACUGUGUUUACAGUUCCGAAAACCUUGGAGCAAAAUGGUACAAAGAUUCUCCACAGAUGGCAACAAGUUGCAGCAGAUAAACUUGAUGAGGAUCUCUUCAUCAGAGUGAUCAUACAGGCCGUGAAUUCGUCUAAGAAAGGCCAGAGGACUGUUCAGCAUCUUUAUCAGGCCUUGUUUCUUGGAUCAACAGAUAGGCUAUUUAAAGUCAUGGGAGAAGGUUUUCCAGAACUUGGCUUGCAGGCUAAAGAUUGCAUGGAAAUGAGCUGGAUCAAAUCGGUUCUGUACAUUGCAGGAUAUCCGGGUACUACACCUAUUGAGGUCCUACUUGAAGGAAAAUCAUCAUUCAAGAAUUACUUCAAAGCCAAGUCUGACUUUGUUAAGGAGCCAAUUCCGGAAAGUGGGCUUGAAGGGAUCUGGACAAGGUUUUAUGAAGAGGAAUCACCCUUGAUGAUCUGGAAUCCAUAUGGUGGAAAAAUGAGUGAAAUUCCUGAAUCUGAAAUUCCAUUCCCUCAUAGGAAAGGUGUUCUAUACAAGAUUCAGUAUGUGACAACAUGGAGUGAUGCCGCCAAAGAUUCAGUUCCAAGGCACGAGGACUGGAUGCGGAAGCUUUACAAUUACAUGUCUUCUUAUGCUUCCAAGUUUCCAAGAACUGCAUAUGUGAAUUACAGAGAUCUUGAUCUGGGAAUGAACAAGUAUGGAAAUGCAAGCUUCAUAGAGGCGAGCUCGUGGGGUAAUAGGUACUUCAAGGACAACUUUAAUCGUUUGGUUCGAAUCAAGACCAAGGUUGAUCCAGAAAACUUUUUCAGCCAUGAACAGAGCAUCCCAUUACUUCCUGAACCAAACUAUGAACAACUCUUGUAAAAAAAGAACACUUCCACAGAAUAUCGACAUCAAAAACCACUGGAAUGUUCAUAUGUUAAGUUAAUUGUGUUUGUAUUUCUAAAGGAGUGAUCAACUAGUAUCCAUAUAUUUAAGCUCUUGUA